UUGGAUUGAUCUAAUUUUUUCGGUGUCGGAUACUUUAAAUUCAGAAUGAUUAUAGGUGUUUGGUAAUGUUGACCUUUCACCCCCGUGAGUUUCAUGGUAUCCUUGAGCUCGUAUUGGCUGACUGACAGCAGCACGACUGCAGGGCGGACCCUCGUACAGAUCAUGUAUGAUUGGGGUUCUGUGAUCAUUUUGUAGGCCAGUGCUUUCAAACAUUGAUGUGGUAUAUUUUAAAAUAAAUAGCCAUGCAAACAGAUUCAUGAAGAUAUUGAAUACGAAAGAUUUUCUUGCUCGUUUCCAUCUGGCAGUUCAUAACACAAAUCUGAUGUCAAGAGCUGCAGGGGCCAAGAAUGCAGGAGAAGCGCAACGUUCAAAUCAUAGAAUGGGAAGACCUGGACAAGAAAAAGUUCUACUUCUUCGGGGUGUUUAUGACUAUGACCAUCCGGGCAGGUGUGUACCCGGCCACACUGAUCCGGACCCGGCUUCAGGUGCAGAAAGGGAAGAGUCUGUACACUGGUACCUUCGAUGCCUUCUUUAAAAUCUUGAGUUCAGAGGGUGUCCGUGGACUUUACAGGGGAUUCCUGGUCAACACGCUCACGUUGAUAUCCGGUCAGGCUUACAUCACCACCUAUGAACUGGUUAGGAAGUAUGUGUCCACUUACACAUCGAACAAUACUGUGAAAUCUCUUGUGGCAGGCGGGUCUGCGUCCCUCGUGGCUCAGAGCAUCACAGUUCCUAUUGACGUGGUCUCGCAGCACCUCAUGAUGCAGGGACAGGAAGGCAACAUGGGCCGAUUUAAGGUGAACGCAAAAGGGGUACGACCUGCAAAGCACAAAAUGACAUUCGGACAAACGAGGCACAUUAUCAUUCAGAUUUUCACAACCGAUGGCUUUAGGGGAUUCUACAGAGGGUAUGUGGCCUCGCUGUUAACAUACAUCCCCAAUAGUGCUGUGUGGUGGCCGUUCUAUCACUUCUAUGCAGAGCAACUGUCCAACUUGGCACCCACUAACUGCCCACACCUCCUCCUUCAAGCCAUGGCUGGUCCUAUGGCAGCCACGACAGCGUCUACAAUCACAAAUCCUAUGGACGUAGUGAGAGUCAGAGUGCAGGUUGAAGGCAGAUCAUCUGUGAUUGAGACAUUCAAGCAGCUCAUCGCAGAAGAAGGAAUGUGGGGCAUGACUAAGGGGCUGUCAGCCCGGAUCAUCUCCUCCACACCUACAGCCAUCGUCAUGGCGGUCGGGUACGAAACCCUGAAGAAAAUGAGCCUCCGACCCGAGCUUGUGGAUUCCAGACAUUGGUAGAGACUGCAAGAGAAGGAAAGGCAGAUUCCAUGUUCUCUGUGCACAAACACUCUUUUUAUGUAUGCUGGCCUUUUAACUUUGUUGCCUUGUAAUAGAAUAAGUAGAAAUGUGUUUUAAUUAUUUUUAAGGGUGGUUCACAUGAAAAAUAAAUGUUGUUUAUGUAACUGGAACUAGUUUUAACCCUGUUGCAUUGCAUCCAGAAUACUGGGGUUAAAUGGACCAGACACUUGUUAAAGGAUCUCACAAUCAAAGUAUAUUUCUAAAACACAAGUAUUGAUUCCUAAAACACAUAAUUACAUCUAUUUGUAUAAUUAAACAAUCUAUUGUAUAUACUCCCUCCCCUUCCCCCAGCAUCACAAAAGCAGAGGGCAAGUUGAAAUCUGCUUAGGAUGAAUGUAAAAAAAAAAAAAAAAAAAAAAAAAUGUAUUAACCCCAAAUUAUUAACAUCAAACUAGUUUUUAGUUUAAAAGUUGCAUUUUAAUACUGAUAUGAAAAUCAAUAAAAAGAAAACCCACCACAUGUGUUCAUUUUAAAUGGUUUAAUUAUGUGUAUGCGCUACAGUGCAUAUAGUGAUUUUGUAGUUUGUGUUUCUUUGAAAGCUUGUUAUCCUUAUAACUUAACAAUGCCUUGUAGGAUUAAUCUGAACAUGUAUAUAUGAAUCCACAAUUGUGGGGGAAUUAACAGGCACAAUAACACAUGUUGAUAACAAAGGCUUCACCCAAAACACCCCCACUGACACAGGAGCAUAAUCAUUUGCCAGUGCACGUCAGUGAGAUUUGCAGUGCUAGUUGCACUAUUGUGCAUUUAUAUUCUUUCUAUGUUGCUCAAGUCUUAAUAUAACAUGAGCUGGUUUCAUAGAUCCUGACUAGCACAGAACUCUGACUACACUGACCACAGUAACAACAGGUUGUCCAAGAUUAGUGCUGAUUGAGGUCUGUGAAUCCAGCCAUUUAAAUAUGCCCUCUUCGAGCCCAAGCACUCCAAAUCAUGACCUUCACUGUCCAUUCAGAUACUGUAGAGUCACCCCUAAAAUAAAAACAAUAUUCUGUAUGGGUAGCAGUAGCUUUCUCUUAACCCCUUAAACAGCAAUGUACAAUUUAGCACUCAGGAGAAUCCAAAAAACGUUGCGUGUCAACAUUUUGUUGUGUUUUAGCAGUACUUAUGUUGGUCACUAGGUGGGGCAGUAGAUACCAAUGAGAUUAUAAACAAUGUAAUUCUUGUUACUUAACGAACCUGUUUUAAAUACUAUUAUUGUGUGAUGUAUGCCAAAUAGGAGAUUGACAAUGGACCCUUACUUUCCUUAAUUUAUAGACUAAGCACUUCUUACAGCACAUUUUCAAUGUCAGUUGUGAAUACUUCUAAUGGGCCACAGACAGGGUUUCAUUUGCUUUAUUUGCUUUAUUACUCUAAUGUUUAUUAGGGGAUUUGGUGAAAGCAUGUAUUGUAAUGUGAAAUACAUUUGUCAUAAUUACAUGGUAAUAAAAACGUUAGUCAAAUGCAUGUUGCAUUCCUGUUUUUUGUGCACUAUAAAUGUGCAAAACUUGGGCGGUUUAAAUGACCGGUGGCAAUAUGGCAGUUGGCAAAAAAUAAGUCUAGCUAAUUCCCAUAAAAUAUAAAGCUAGUGUACGAACAGAAGUACUACUGUUAAUUUUCCACCUGUGUCACUAUAUGGUAGGAGUGUGUGGUACAGCAAAAGUGUUUUCCACAGACAAAAGGACCACUUCGGGCAGAAUUGUGUGGUUUGAUACACAAUACAUCACAGACUGACACUGCCCACAUACACUACACUUACUGUAGUGCAUUAAGAGGUUUCACCUGCUACUUAAUUGAAAUAUCAAGACCUAUUAGCAAAGCUUUAACUUGAGACAUUUUAGUGUGUAUACUGCAAACUCAUAAAUAUCUCCUGAAUCACAGCCAUAAAGCCUAUUUUGCUCCAUAAAUGUUGGCUACCUGUUGCAAUAUACAAAGUAUGUAUUGUUAGUGGAAUUUGACAUUCGUGCAAAAAAUGUUUCCGAUUUUUUUCAUAAGUGAAAAACGCAUAAAAGGCUCACAAAUAUUUAUGGCUUUACAAUAUAGAAUACAUUCAUUAAAAACCCAAAGCAUACCUGUUAAUGGUAGCCUCUAGCAAGCAGCAGCAGAUUCUCUUUCCAGGGAAGCAGUUACACUGCAAAGAGGAGUAACCCCCAGCACUUACAGUGUGUCUCUUAACCCAUCUUGAUGGUCCUUCUAUAAAAGCAUUGCUGUUUAGAAAUCACCAACAGACCAAUACAAAAAAUAAAUAAAUAAAAACAGAGCCACAUUAAAAAUAAGCAGAUUUUAUUUCUGUAAUCCCUUGCAAUGAUGUGGAAAUAAAGAUGCUAUCGUUUUGGAUUUCACUUGGAGCAAAUGUUUCCCUUACCAAGAAGGUCAAUUAUAUGUACAACAAGAUGAGCAGAAUAAAUGCUUCUUUUUUUAAUAAAAGAAAAAUGUUUUUCCCAGUUGUAUCCAUAAUGAACAUCGGGAUGUGUUUAUACAGCUGUUUUCAUUAGACUAUAAUAAAAGUAUCUGGAUACUAUGCCAACACAGGCUGUUCUAUGAUGUAUCGGGUGCAGAGCCAUU